CUUCUCGGCUCCCAUCAUCCUCCUCUUCCUCCAGAUGUUCUCAAGGCUGCUGGGACUCUUCGUCCUCUCCUCCUUCUGCUCAGCCAGGCUGCCGUAUGAUUUCAGUGGAGAACACUCUAGCUCUAACUCUAACUCAGUCGAAUCGGAUGACUCGGCUGACUCAGACGAGAUGUCACCGAGGACCCGCAGCGGUCUGCCCAUGUGGCCUCUUCCCAGUCACAACAUGACUGACAUGAGGAUGCAGAUUCCUGAGGGCAGCGGUCUGCCCAUGUGGCCUCUUCCCAAUGAAAACAUGACUGACAACAGGAUACGGAUUCUCAGCAGCCCUGAGUUGCCUCCCUUGCCUGACCCGGAAUUCUGUGACAGGAUGUUGACCUCUGGGGUGCCCAUGGACCAGAUCCCUUUUUUCUGCCUCUGUACGCACUGCAAGGGCACAAUGGGUCCUAAAGGAGACCGCGGAGACAUGGGCCCUCAAGGUGUACCUGGAAGUCCUGGGAUAAGAGGGAUGACGGGGAUGAAAGGUCGUCCAGGAUUCACAGGCCGUCCAGGGAUAAAGGGUCAGAAGGGAGACGAGGGGGCCAAAGGGCAGCCUGGAGCUCUUGGUUUCACUGGGACGAAGGGCGAGCGAGGUUUCAAAGGAGAGAAGGGGGACCGAGGAAUGGACGGUCCCUCAGGCCCACAAGGUCCCCAAGGAGAAACUGGCCUAUGUCCUGCCUCCUGCGAGAGUGUCCAGGGUCCACCGGGUAUACAAGGCCCCCCUGGACCAGCCGGAGCCCGUGGCCUGCCUGGGGUCAUGGGAGUCAAGGGAUCCAAAGGUGUUAAGGGUGAUCUAGGUGACAUGGGUAGACCCGGCGACCCCGGGAUGAGCGGCAUGAAGGGUGAUAAAGGUGACGAGGGAGUGUGUGAGUGCACAGAUGGCGCAGAUGGAAUGGAUGGAGUCAAGGGGGAAAUGGGGAGUAUGGGGGAGAAAGGUGACACUGGUCUCAAGGGUGAUAUGGGGUCCAUGGGGCCAAAAGGUGACAAGGGUGAUACGGGUAUGAUGGGGCAGCCUGGGCCCUGCUCCCCGGCCAUACAGUCGUCAUUCUCCGCAUGCAUCAACGAGUCGUUUCCAAAUCCCAUGUACCCUGUACCUUUCAAUCACGUCCUGAACAACAUGCAGGGGAACUUUAACCCGUUCAGAGGCAUCUACACAGCCCCCGUCAACGGCACCUACGUCUUCUCCUUUAACCUGGCUGUCGCUGAGAAAAUUCUUAAGGUUGGCCUUUUCACCAACCACCACCCGGUUGUGAAAGUCACAGAAACAACCUCGCACUCCACCACCAGUCAGACUGUCGUCCUGCAUCUGACAAUGGGAGACCGGGUGUGGCUGCAGGUGAAGGACACCUACACCAACGGCAUGUACACCAGCCGUGAGAGCACCAGCUCGUUCUCUGGGUAUCUUCUGACGCCGGACUCCUGUGACAUGCUCCCAUUCAUCCGAACUGGCCCUAUAUCAGAGCCAGAUUAUACAGGAGACUAUACCUGGGAUGAGCCCACCCCUUCACCAUAGUACGCUCCAGUCAGCCAGUCGCACAGUAAUAGACGAAGCAUCCACACACACACCCAAUCAAACACUCAGUGCAUUCAUAACUGCAGGUUUUAAAGGAGGGGUAUUCUAGAAAAGCAGAGUCGUCCAUUUUUGAGGAAAAAGUUCUCUCUCAGACGUUACUACGGCACUUUGCAAGUCACGUAGCAGCUGUUGGUGUCUGAUUAAAAACAUCACUCACCCUACUUUUAUGUUUUAUCACAAGCCAAUCAGGACUCCCCCAAAUGUGAUGUCACACUAGAAGCAAGUGAUCAUGUUCAGUAUUCAAUCGCCAUCGAUCUGAAUUUGGGUCAUUAUAAGUAUGUAAGGGACAGGGUUGAUAUUGAUACUGACCUGUCCCAUUCUCAGAAUUUUUAAUGACCAGUCAAAGGGUCAAAUAUAAAGUCUUGGAAUUUGACCACUCAGUCGAGGCACACAGAUUAUAUAUGUUAACAUACCUCAAAAAUACAAUCACACAAUAAUUCUGCCAAACCGGUGAGCUGACCUGCUCUCUUUUGUUGAGCUUCCCUUCCAUCAGCGCUCGUUUUCUCACUCUGGUGUUAAUAAGUUGUGCUUGUGUGAUUGUCGUGGUUAGUAGGUAAAACUCUUGUGAGUCCUAGUUGCCCCGGUGGUCUCGCCGACCACUUUAUUGCAGCUGCAGUGUUUCUGGGCUUGUCGGCAGAGCAAACAGGCCCGGUGGCGGAGCAGCGGUGUGACGAGCCGGCCUGUCCGCUCUACCUUACGAACCCGGAGACACUCUGACAGUAAAGAGCAGCUCUGGAGGAUGAGUGACACCGAGAGGAGCAGCAGAAGACCAGGACAAAGGCCGAAGGGGUAGAUGUUUGCCAGCAUGGCUGCGACUCAGAAGCUGGUGAUCAGACUGAAAGACGUCAGACAGCAGCUACUGUGUGAGGUAACAGUUUUACAGGCAGAGCGCGGCUGCAGUCCGUAGUAACGUCUGUGAGACGCUCUCUGUUACUGUCAAACCAAAUCAACUUGGAGAAACUAUAAUGAAAAAAGGAUUCAAUACCCCCCUUUAAAUGCGGAGAUAAAUUCACUGUUAUGAUUCAACUCACUGAAAAAUAAAAACACAUGUAGGCUUACACGUGCCAGCUUGACAGAUGCAUCUGAUCAUGCACUUGAUACACUGAAUAAAUGUGUAGAUCGCAGCGGUCAGAGUUGGCUGCAGACUUUUCAGCCAAAUGUAGAUUUCAGAUUUUGCUCUCACGGUGAAUGUUUAAAAAGCACUUUGCAUCCUCAGAGUCCAUUUAUUUUUAAUCCUGGAGAUCAGCUUGCUGCAGCUUAGUUUUAGAGCUUUUAUCAUUCUGUAUUUGCAGAUGUUGAUGAUGCGUAAGAGAAAAAAUAAUUAUAUUAAACUGCAGUCAAAGUGGCUGCUUUGAUCACGAGGCCUCUGACAUUUUAUUUUAUUAAUUUUAUUUCAGAUAUAAGCGACGAUGUCUGAGGUUUGAGAAACUUUACUGCAGAUUCAGAGAAGCUACUGUCUUCUCAUUGGGUAAUUUCUUACACAGAAACACUUCAGCUGAUUCCUGUGUGGAUGGAAAGAAGUUCAGGCAACAUAUAAAUAUUAAUUUUGUUCAUUCUUAUGAAACAGCUUCACAGCCCAAAGAUAGUCAACCUGUUCCAGUUUGAAGCUUGUAUUAAUCGUACUUAACUUUAACCAACUAAAGAUAAGCAGUUGACUUUCCCAAAUUUCAUGCCAAACUACCACCAACUACCCCGGCAGUAACUAUAUUCUCUGCCAG